AUGGUGGCUGCGGGAGACCCCCUUCGAGGGGUACAGCGGGGCGCGGCGGGUGCGCGCGCCUCCGCAGACCGGUUGGUGUUCAAGUUGAAGGACGAGUUGCAGGCUUGCCGUCACCAGCAUUCGCAGGUGAUCGACAUGCUUGCAAAGCUCUUUGAUGCGGGGCCUGAGAUCGUCGAGCGGAUCCUCGCGGUCGUGCCGGACUUGCAGGCGAAGGUGCGCAUCAGUCGUAGCUGUGGUGCCGACACCUUGCGCCGCAACUUAGCUCUGCACGCGAAGGCGGACGGGAUCUCUGUGCUCACCGCCUUGGUCAAGGAGCUGCGGAUCGCCGAGAAGGGCCCCAGGCUGGAGAAGGCCGCUGGCUCGGGCGGGCCGACGGCGUUGCGCGCCGACGCCGAGGCCUUCGUGCCCGCCGCGGGCCGCUGGGUUGCGCUGCCGCCCACGCCUGGCUUCCUAUGCACGUGCGGUGCCGUGGUGUUUCGUGCUGCGAGCGGGCGGUGCAAGGAAACGUUCAAGGAGAAGAGCUACGGGCAGUGGGUCAGCGUGCCCGCACUGGCGCUCGGCCGCAGGCGCCCCGUGGUCGCGCGGCCGUUCGUGCGCAUGGCGCUUGCGAGCCGCGUGGGCGCCUCCCAGGCCGACCUGCAGCUGGAGGGCGCCCGCGCGGAGGAUGCUGCUCCCAGCAAAGCCGUUGCUGGGUGGCAGACCAGCAAGGCACGGGAUCGGCUCCUGCGCGACACGGAAGCCUUGCGUGGCCAGGUGCCCCCGGCCGCAGUCGCGACGGGGCCGCUGGUGGACUGGAAGACUGUAUCUGGGCCCGCGGUGGGGCCCACUCCCACGGCCGUCGUGCCGCCGACGCCAGCUGCAUCAGAGUUGAAGGGCCUGGUGCUGUGCGGGGUGUGCAUGUAUCAUCGCCGCCAUCCCGUUCGACCAG